AUGUGGCGCAGGAAUUUCAUUAGAAAUAUAAGGCUCUAUAGAAGUGAAGGUCGAACAAUUUAUUAUCUCGAUGAGACGUGGGUCAAUGCAGGUGAGUGUGCAAACAAAGUGUGGGUCGACAAAACCGUAACAUCGAGUCGAGAUGCUUUUUUGAAAGGACUGACUACGGGACCCAAAAAUCCAACAGGUAAAGGGAAACGAUUGAUUGUGGUACACAUAGGUUCAUCAAACGGUUUCGUCGAGGGUGGUCUACUGUGUUUUGAAUCAAAAAAAAAUACAGCAGAAUACUCCGACGAAAUGAACGGCGAUUCCUUUUAUGAAUGGUUUUGUAGAAUUUUACCUCUGUUAGACGAUAAUUCCAUAAUUGUAAUGGACAAUGCAUCGUACCAUUCGGUCAAGCUGGAUCCCGCACCAACAAUGGCUUGGAAGAAACAUAAAAUCAUUCAAUGGUUGGAGGAUAAGAAUAUAGUAGUUGACAGGAAAAUGGUGAAACUAGAAUUAAUGGAAAAGGUCAAAGAGAUUCGAACCACUGAAAAGUACGUCAUUGACAAAAAAGCAAUGGAAUGUAAUAAAAUUAUUCUGCGUUUGCCACCGUACCAUUGUGAGUUGAACCCUAUUGAAUUAGCAUGGUCGGUGGUAAAAAAUCAUGUGAAGCAGAAUAAUACUACAUUCAAAUUAAACGAUGUACGACAAUUGCUGAUCGAUGGUUUUCAACGAGUUACUCCGGAAAUGUGGGCCAAUUUUGUAAAACACACAAUUAACGAAGAGGAUAAGAUGUGGGAUAUUGAGUCCAUUACCGAUGAAAUGCUUGAUGACUAG